GCAGAGUCCGGCAGGUGCAAAAAAACAACAACAACAAUAAUUACCAUCCCAAUAUUUCUUCGAACGGAUUAAUUACAUAACGUCGCACAAAAUUCUAAAAGGGAUAUCCUUCUGCCAUUCUGCCUUAAAUUCAGAGACAAAUUUUGCGACAAGGAAAUAAUUUUAUCGUGAGAAACUAUUACAAUAUAACUGGGUUUCAACAAUAUUGAUAAGAAAUAUACAUGAUGGCAAAAACAAUUUUGAGAGUUCUCUUAAGCAGGCCAUGUUUUCGUCGUCAGUUCUGCACAUCAGGGCAAAGUACCUCUAUCAACCCUGAAGAAAUAAAAAAGUUUGACAACUUGUCAUCUUUGUGGUGGGAUGAAGCAGGCGAAUUCAGACCGCUCCAUUCAAUGAAUUCCCUGAGAAUUCCAUUCAUUCGAAAUGGGCUAGUCAAUUCUAGAGCAGUUUCCACCACAAAGGCCAAUACGUCACGCUCUUUAGAUGGACUGGACUUGGUUGACGUAGGUUGCGGUGGUGGAAUUCUGUCGGAGCCGCUUGCUAGGAUAGGAGCAAACGUCUUAGGACUAGAUGCCUCUCAAGAAGCUAUUCAAAUUGCAAAACAGCAUUCACUCUUAGACCCAAAUCUGUCUGGAAAGUUGCAAUAUCGUCAUGGCACAUUGGAAGAAUUGGCCGAGGAAGGCAAAUUGUUUGAUGCAGUGAUAAUGUCUGAAGUGGUGGAACAUAUGAAUAACCCUCAGCACUGCUUUAACCUUGCAGCAAAGCUUGUGAAGCCAAACGGCUCCUUAUUUGUGACGACUCUCAACAGGUCAUAUCUCUCUUGGCUAGGGGGCAUUCUUAUUGCGGAGCGCUUGCUCAAAAUUGUCCCACCAGGAACUCAUGACUGGGAUAAAUUCCUAACUCCAUUAGAAGUUGAAAAUAUGCUUGCAGACAGCAACUGCAAUACUCGAAGUGUUCAUGGAAUGGCUUACAACAUACUAACUCAUAAUUGGCAUUGGACAUCUAACGUUUCUAUCAACUAUGCAUUGCAUGCAGUGAAAAGUGGAGAGAAAGGAUCAAAUUAGUUCUGAAUACUAGAAAACAAAAUUAAGUUUGAAACUUCAUGUGAAAUUUAUUACAUUCAACUUGCCUAAUAAUGAAUUUUCUCUUAUGAUUUAAUAAAAUGAACAUGUUCUGCACAUUACA